AAAGUUGAAGCAGAGAAUUGGAAACUAAAACAUUAUCUUAACUAUCGUUUAGAAAACGAAAAUGUAAUCCCACCUUGGCUCACUGUUUAUAAUGAUUGGGAAAGUUCUCUCGAAAUUAUCAAAAAAACAAAUAAUAAAAAAAUUCCGGUCAGUAUACGUUCAUUUUGCGAAGAAUUAUCAAACGUUAAUACUUUUGAAGGCUCGUCAAUCAUGAAAAGUUGUAUGGAGUGGUACGACGAUUUCCAUGAUCGAUACUUUGAUCUGCAACUUGCUGAAAGGGCCCAAUAUAUAGAGAGAAAUAUAUAUUCAUCACAGAAAGUAUCAAAGUGGUUACGAGGAAGAACAAGCGAAAAAAGGAGAUCACAGAAUGGUGAGGCGACCCUAUCAAAAAAUGAAGUGGCCAAUGAACAGAAAAGGAGAAGUGAACAAUUGACAGAAGAUUUAAUGGAAGAAUCAAUAGAAGAAACGAAUAAAUCAAUUCUCUUAUUUGACGAGUCAUGUGAAAAUGAUUUAGUUGAAUCCAUCGAUGAAUUGAGUUUAGGAAAAGAAAUAUCAUUACCCAUUUCAAAAAAGAAAAUUGAUGUUUCAAAGCAAGAUAAUUUUUGGCAAGGCAUCUCCGAGAAGUUUGUGAGAUAUCAAAAUAAGAUCCCCCAAACACGCAAAAUUAUAACAUUGGGUUAUUGGGGCAUUUUCGAUUUGACACAAGAGAGUUUCCAUGGUUGCACAGAAUUCUCCCAGAGCGAAAUCGACAAAAUAUCACAAGAUUUUUCCGAUCACGUCCACUGGUCUCCGGAACCAGCUCCUGAAUAUCUCCAAAAAUAUUUUGAAUCUAAUUGUGAUCCUUCUAAGAUUGGAAAUAUUGAGGAUUAUGCAACGUUUGAAAACCUCCACAUGAAUAUUAAAUUUGCAAUAUGUCAUAUGUCUUCCGUAAAGGGAGCUAAGACAGAAGAAUCACUCAAAUUUACAACGAUGUACCCUUUGUUUAAUGCGUCGUGGAUCCAUCAUUGGGGAGAGGUUCAAGCGAUUGGUUCUAAAGAAGCAAGAAACGAAGAUGCAAAUCCUUUUGUUAAGGCUCGCAUUGGAAGAAAGGUCGACAUGAAAGGAGUCUUGACUAGGACUUCAAACAAAUUUGAAGCAUUAUACGGGGAGGUUGCAGGUGGACUUUCCUCGAUUGGCAUCUCGCUUGCUUCACGGAAAAAAAAGUAUUUUGAUAAGAUCAAACUCGCCGUGUUGAUGCGAGAUUCACUCAAUCAUGUUCUUAAAGAAUGGAGAUAUUUAUGUGACGAUCAGAGAAAGGAAAUAAUUGUAUUCGGUUGGACACUUGCGGGUUUGGAUUUAUCAUUAUACGCUUUGGACUGGGCCGGGGAUGGCAUAUACCGUUUCGGGAGAAUCGAUCAUUGUUCAUUCCCACUCAAUAAGGAAAGCUCUAUUUUAUUUGAAGAUGUCUUUUGUCUUCUAAAAGAGUUAGAGAGGAAAUUGUCUGAAACAGAAACUCUCAUCCAAAAAUUACAUUCCGAAAACAUUCGUGGAAAACGUAGGAAGACGAAUACCGAAAAUAGCCCAGUUCUCAACCUUAAAAGAACUCCUAAGUGA